GAUCCGAUAUAUAACAUUCAUAUCAAUGGAAUUAUUCAAUCUAUCUACUAAAAAGUAGUCCUAAUCUCCCGUCCAAUUUUUUGGGUUUAAAUGCGGAACCGACGACCUACACAAAAGCGAAUUUAUUCAAGAAAAAGUAAAUAAGAAAUAUGAAUGAAAAGAAAAAAAGAAGAAAAAGAAAAAAGAAGAAAAAGAAAAAACAACUUUGUUGAUAAUAAAAAAUCCCUUUUGGCAAAAGAGCCCUUCGUAGAUUUUGGUCUUUGAUAGAUUGAUUUUAUUUUUAUACAUAAUAUGAACGAAAAGGGCAGGCUCGGUAAAAAAAAAAAGCCGAGCGGGAGAGCCGAAUGAAUCGAAAGGUUCGUGUUCGGUUUGGGAAGAGAUUAUCCAUUCGUUCAACUUAUGAAUAGAUAAUCUACUUUCAUUAAGUAAUCUAUUAGAUAACCGUAAACAGAAAAUAUCGAGUACUAUUCAGAGUUCUGAAGAACUAUGUAAAGGAGCUGCUAAUCAACUUGAGCAAGCCCGGGCUCGCUUACGGGAAGUAGAAAGGCGGGUACGCGAAAUUCGGGUAAAUGGAUAUUCUCAAAUACAACAAGAAAAAAAUGAUCUUAUCAAUGUUGCUUCUAUUAAUUUGAAACAAUUAGAAAAUUUAAAGAAUGAAACCAUUCACUUGGAACAAGAAAGAGUAAUUGAACUGGUUCAAAAACAAAUUUCUUACCAAGCUGUCCAAAGAGCUCUAGGAACUCUGAAUAGUCGUUUGAAUAGCGAGUUACAUUUACGUACGAUCGAGCAUAAUAUCGACUUGCUCCUAGCCAUGAAAAACAUAACUGAUUAACAGUAUAUAUAAUAUAGUAGGUCUUAUUUUUCAAAAGAGAAUUAACUAGUGUUAAUGGUAACUAUUCGACCCGAUGAAAUCAGUAGUAUAAUACGUAAACAGAUUGAACAAUAUAAUAAUGAGGUCCAAGUUGUUAAUAUUGGUACUGUACUUCAAGUAGGGGAUGGCAUUGCUCGUAUUCAUGGUCUUGAUAAAGUAAUGGCAGGGGAAUUAGUAGAAUUCGUAGAUGGUACAGUAGGUAUUGCCCUAAAUCUAGAAUCAGAUAAUGUUGGAGUUGUAUUAAUGGGUGAUGGCUUGAUGAUACAAGAGGGCAGUUCCGUAAGAGCAACAGGAAAAAUUGCUCAGAUACCAGUAAGUGAUGCUUAUUUGGGUCGAGUUGUAAAUGCGCUAGCUCGACCUAUUGAUGGUAAGGGGAAGAUUUCAUCUUCCGAAUCUCGAUUGAUCGAAUCUCCCGCCCCAGGUAUUAUUUCAAGACGUUCUGUAUAUGAACCUCUUCAAACGGGUCUUAUUGCUAUUGAUUCUAUGAUCCCUAUAGGACGCGGUCAGCGAGAAUUGAUUAUUGGGGACAGGCAGACCGGUAAGACGGCAGUAGCUACAGAUACGAUUAUAAAUCAAAAAAAUCAGAAUGUAAUAUGUGUUUAUGUCGCUAUUGGCCAAAAAGCUUCUUCCGUAGCUCAGGUAGUUAAUACCUUCGAAGACCGUGGCGCAAUGGAGUAUACCAUUGUGGUAGCGGAAACUGCGGAUUCUCCUGCUACAUUACAAUAUCUUGCUCCUUAUACAGGAGCAGCUUUAGCCGAAUACUUUAUGUAUAAAGAACAACAUACAUUAAUCAUUUAUGAUGAUCUUUCCAAACAAGCACAAGCUUAUCGACAAAUGUCUCUUCUAUUAAGAAGACCCCCUGGCCGGGAAGCUUAUCCAGGAGAUGUUUUCUAUUUACAUUCUCGUUUAUUAGAAAGAGCAGCUAAAUUAAAUUCUCAGUUAGGUGGAGGGAGUUUGACUGCUUUACCAAUAGUGGAGACUCAAGCUGGAGAUGUCUCAGCUUAUAUUCCAACUAACGUAAUUUCCAUUACCGACGGGCAAAUCUUCUUAUCAACUGAUCUAUUCAAUGCAGGAAUUCAACCUGCCAUUAAUGUAGGUCUUUCCGUAUCUAGAGUAGGAUCCGCAGCUCAGAUGAAAGCUAUGAAACAAGUAGCUGGAAAAUUAAAAUUAGAAUUAGCUCAACUUGCAGAGUUAGAAGCUUUUGCACAAUUCGCUUCUGAUCUUGAUAAAGCUACACAAGAUCAAUUGGCAAGAGGUCAACGAUUACGCGAAUUGCUCAAACAAUCUCAAUCGGAUCCUUUAACAGUGGAAGAACAAAUAGCUAUGAUUUAUACUGGAACGAAUGGAUAUCUAGAUGCAUUAGAUAUCGUACAAGUUAAAAAAUUUAUCCUUAAGUUGCGCGAGUAUUUAGUAAAAAAUAAACCCCAGUUUGGAGAAAUUAUACGUUCUACUGGGAUAUUGACGGAACAAGCAGAAGGCCUUUUAAAAGAAGCUAUUCAAGAAAAUAUCCAACUUUUUCUUAUGUUGGGAAUAAGAUAAAAGAGUUUAAUAAUCAUUUUGCAACAUUUACAAAGCAUAACGCAUUAUUACGUCCAAUAGGAUUUGAACCUAUACUUAAGGUUUAGAAGACCUCUGUCCUAUUCAUUAGACGAUGGACGCUUUAUUUUCAUUAUUCCUUGAAAUACUUUAUCGGGAACAAAAAAGUAUGAUUUUUUCUCCAUCCACAACCAGAUUCGGGAAAGAAAGAGAAAGAAUAGAUAUGUAACAUGGGCAUAAAAAAUUCAUGUGAAUGAGAGAGAAGUUGACAUGAAAAAUUUGAAUAAGGAAUAUAAAUGAGCGGGUAGCGGGAAUCGAACCCGCAUCGUUAGCUUGGAAGGCUAGGGGUUAUAGUCGACGUUGAUUAACGCCUCUAAUUCAGAACCGAACACGAAAAUUUCAUUUCAUUCGGCUCCUCCAUGGGAGAGAGAUAGAAUGGGAGGUCUAAUGAAAAAUGAUUAUUCAAAUAAUAAUAAAUAUUUGUGAAUAAAAAAAAAAAAAGAAAAUUAAAAAAUAGUUUUGCUCUGCUCCAUAACAUCUAUGUUAGUUUAUUUGUAGUUCUUUCUUUCCUCUUA